CAGACCCUGGAGGGUGGGACCGCCCGGACUCGGGAGGUGGUUGACGGGGUGGGCCCCGUCGGGUCCGAGUCCGCCCCAGCCGUGGGAUCAGCUCGGACGACGGCUCGCCCCGCAGAACCCCGCUUCAGCCUGAGGAAGUCCGGCCCCCGCAGGCUCGGGGCUGCGUCCCCACCAGAAGGCGCUUGGAGUGAGGCUGUCAGUCCCGCGGUCCCGGGCAGGUGGCGGAGCGCUCCCAGCGGGGACGGGCCCCUCCACCGCCCCUUCGCUGCAGCCCCCUCCCCGCCCCGAGGGUGGCUGUCCCGGGGGAGGGGCGCCCCGCCCCGUCCGUGCAUCCGGCUCCGCCCCUUGCUGGAAAGGCUACGUAUUCAGCUCUGGAGGUGCCAUCCCCGGCCGCGACUCCGCUCCAGGCAGGACCCCCAACCCGCCCAGCCCGCUCCGCCUUGCGCCCCGGACCCGCGGCCGACCCCAGACCCGCUGCCCGCUUCGCGCCCGAGGCCUGCGCCCCGACGGACGCCCGUGGCCAGCUUGUCACACCCACGCCCGGCGCCCCGACCGCGGAGGGCUCCCCGAGCCCCGCCAGCCAUGGCCCGGAUCCCGACGGCCGCCCUGGGUUGCAUCAGCCUCCUCUGCCUGCAGCUCCCUGGCGCGCUGUCCCGCAGCCUGGGCGGGGACUCGCGUCCAGUCAAACCCAGGGAGCCCCCAGCCCAGACCCCUUCCAGCAGCCUGCAGCCCAGGCACCCCGCACCCCGACCUGUGGUCUGGAAACUUCACCAGGCCCUCCAGCCACAGAGGGGUGCUGGCCUGGCCCCUGCUAUGGGUCAGCCUCUCCGAGAUGGUGGCCGCCAACACUCGGGCCCCCGAAGACACUCCGGCCCCCGCAGGACCCAAGCCCAGCUCCUGCGAGUGGGCUGUCUGCUGGGCACCUGCCAGGUGCAGAAUCUCAGCCACCGCCUGUGGCAACUCAUGGGACCGGCCGGCCGGCAGGACUCAGCUCCUGUGGACCCCAGCAGCCCCCACAGCUAUGGCUGAGGUGGGGCUGGGCCACACCCCCGCCCAUCCCAGCCAGGGUGCUGUGCCCCGGUCCAGAGCUGCAGCUGAGCCCCAUCUGAAGCCCAGUCCCUCGGAGCUGCAGACAGCAGAUCCUGCAACAACAAUACCUGCACGGCUUUGCACACGUAAACCCUCGCACACCUGUAGACCGAGGCUUGUCUACAUGCAGUGCUGGUACGUCAAGGAGCCUAAACACCCUGAAAUUGUGAACCCUUGGGGGACAGCUGCCAGACACAGCUGGUGGCAGCACCAGAUGCUAAAAAGCGCUUCAGAGAGGAGGUGUCUGCCCAGAGACGUGGAGCAGAAGCUGGGCCCUGAACACACAGGGCCAUGUCUGGACGAGCAGGGGAGAGAGGCUGAAUCGGCCAGAAGCGGCCCCUCCGAUGUUGGUCCAGUCAGACUGAACUGGACUGUGCCUAGGCUGUUCCUGCUCUCAGGCACAACCAGCCCUUCUGCAUGCCUGCCUGGCCCGGGGUCCCAGCCUCUCCCUCCCCAUGCCUGUGGGACAGGAGGGGGAGCGUGGGAUGCUGUAGCCCCCUGGGGUUGGGCCAGGGAAGGAUGGUGGCCCUCCAGAGGUCAUGAAGGGACCUCUGUGGCUCCAGCUGCCAACCCUGGAGCCCAGACCGAGGUGGCCAUGGAGACUCCACCUGGAUCCCCUGUGGGAGGCCAGGGAGGGGAACUUAGCAGUUCAGGAGCCACCCCAAACCAUUCUGGGACAGGGACACCCCUUUCUACCCCAGGGCAGGGCAGGGCAGGGCUGGGUGGGGCAAGAUCCCCCAGCCGGAAUAGACCCACCCCACCUGAAGGGGGUGAGACCCUUGUUGGCAGCCAGACAAGGGUGGGGAUCCACAGGCAGCACAGGCGCCCCACCACCACCCAGUGUGGGGACCCACUGGGACCAGCUGUGGGGGCAGCGAGUGACUUACCAAGAGCCAGGGAGGGCAGCCCAGGCCCAAAUGACAACAAGAAGGACCACCACCGGCGUGCACGGACUUGGUGUGUGUCCUUCCCGGGGAGGACAGGGGACUCAUGUGUGUGCCACUCGAGCCUCCCAGUCGUCCAGCAGAACAUGGGGUUCAGAAAGGGCUCCUUCUACUACUUAGCGAACACAGCAUUUAAUUUGCAAAUGUUUGCUAGGGUCACCCUCUCGGCCAUCCCAUGAUCACCCCAACUCUGGAGGCCGCAGCACAGCUCAGGACAUUCCCCCACAGAGCUUGCCCCUCAGCUCCUACCUCCAAGGUGGAGGGUCCUGGAAGUGCCCACCCAGGCGCCGCCCCUGUGCUUGCUCCCUGAGCUCAGGGAUUGCCAAGUCCAGGUAACUGACCUGUGCUCCACGAGGCCCUGUGGGAACAGUCCAGGCUGGUCCUGCCCUGUGGAAGCCUCCGUGCACUGAGAGAUGUACUAGGAUUGCAGCAAAGGUGGUCAGGGUGGUGGGCCGCACAGCAAGGCAGUCAAGGCCAGCUCCCUAGGAGAAGCACUGGGUCAGGUGAGGUUUGAGGACAGCAGGCCUUCCCUAGGGGAAGGAGCUGGGAGUGCCAAGGCCCCAGGUGCACAGGAGGCAUGGCUGCUGAGAGGUUGCAGGGUGGAUGGGUCCUCGGCCUCAGAGUCAUGUGCCCUGUGGCCACUGAAGGGUGUCAGCAGAGCACAGGACACGAGGACAGAGGGAGGGGCAUGGGGAGUGAAGGAGGGGGCCUCGGGGCAAGGCUGGGGGGCCAGGAGCUCAGCGUCCGCUACUCAGCCCAGCCAAAACCCUCCCAGAUGUCUCCUCUCCUGCCUGGGCAAAGUCCAGCUUGGCACCCCGCAAGGCCAAGUGUUCCCUCCUCCAGGAAAGCCUUCACCCUCCUCAUGCCCUGUAGUCAGGAGGCCGCCUGCCGUGACCCUCCGCGUCGCCUCGGGUGGGAAAUCAGACCCACCUGACACCCUCAUGUGGAGGCCCAGCAGCACCUGCAGCCACCCCCACCUUCCCCAGCAACCAGUUCCAGCUGCUCUGGCCAAAACCUCCGCUAGGCCAGGCCCCGUGGCUCACACCUGUAAUCCCAGCACUUUGGGGGGCCAAGGUACGCACAUCACCUGAGGUCAGGAGUUUAAGACCAGCCUGGCCAACAUGGUGAAACCCCAUCUCUACUAAAAAUAGAAAAUUAUCCGGGCGUGAUGGCGGGGGCGCCUGUAAUCCCAGCUACUCAGGAGGCCGAGGCAGGAUAAUCACUUGAACCUGGGAGGCGGAGGUUGCAGUGAGCUGAGAUCGCACCGCUGCACUCAAGCCUGGAUGACAGAGCAAGACUCCGUUUCUGAAAAAAAAAAAACAGAAAACCUCCUCUCUUCCUUCGCACCUUCCUCUGAAUCCCGCCGGGUCCCACCUCCUGAAUCUAUCCAGACACCUUCUCCUGACCCAGGCACCGCCUGCUUUGGGGGUGAUGGCCGUAGCCUCCAUCCCUCUAGCCAGUGCAUGCUGAGCACGUGACCUACGCUUGUUGGGACACGUGAGGCUACAGCCUUGACUCCCGGGGGCUGACAUUCAAGGGGGAGAUAGAAGGAGACAAACGUAGAAGGUAGAAUAAGUGGGUGGUGGAGUGGCAGGAAGUGCUGAGUGCCACGGGAAGUCAGACAAGGAGAGUGUGGGGCAGGUGCCAUUUGAAUGGGGGGCGCUGGGGUCUCCUCACAGUUCCUUCUCAGCCCAGCUGCGCCAGGAUCUUGUUGAGUCAGGUCAGCUCCCCAUGGCCCUCUUGCCUGACCCCUGAAGCCCAGAACUCUGAUCUUCACAGCCCUAGGUAUGGCCCCAGCACCCCACUGCCCUCUCUCCUGCCCCAGCUGACUGCUGUUCGCAGACUUCCCUGGCCACGCUCCAAGACGCCAGCUCUGCCGCAGGCACUUUGUUCUCACGGUGUCCUCUGCGCCUGCAGGGCGCAUGCAUGGGAAGCUGCAUUGGUGCCCUGGGUGUUGGCGGUUCCGUGCCUGCUCCCGACUCCCUGUGAGGCCCCUCUCCCAGAGCCUGACACUCUGGCCGAACUCUAGGCAGGUGCUCUUGAGUCCUUUCCUCGACGAGGCCUGACCCCACCCCCAUCCUCGCUGGGCCCGCCGACCCCGGUGUUAGCAAGAAUCCUGCUAAAUCAGUUUAUGGAGAAUUACCCACCCUCGGUAUCUGAUCUCAUUCCUCAUCUCCCACCCUUGAUCUCAUCACCCUGCCGGCCUCUUGCAAGAUCCUCAUUGAGCCACUCCAGUGAGAACCCCCCACCCUCGAAGGCUCCCCUAGCAACUUCCCAUCCGCUGACCCCUCCAACGCCAUCAAUCUCCAGCUGUGGUUGUUGAAUUCGGAGGUGAGCUCCUCUCACCACUCUCUUGAAUAAAGCUUUUCUCACCAUUUUAA